AUGUCCCUAGAAGAAAGUAAACGAGUUGAUCGUGAUUUGCUAGAGUUAUUCAUAUCAGAAUUUCAACCUUUCCGAAUUGUUGAAGACAGAGGCUUUAAAAAAUUUGUGAAAAAUAUCCCGGGAUACACGUUGCCUAGUGGGAAAAAUAUAUCUUCGGCUAUGAUCCCGGCAUUGUACCAGACCACUUUAAGUGAAGUACAGACCAGAGUUUCUCUAGACGCUAGCAGUGUUUGUUUGACGACUGAUUGUUGGACAUCGUCCCAGACUGAAAACUAUAUUGGUGUAACAGUGCAUUACAUAGACAAAAACUUUGAACCACAACAAAUACUUUUAGAAUGUAAAGGUCUUAACGAAACUCACACGAGUGCCAAUCUAGCUAAGGAAUUAAAGAGAGUAACGGACGAGUGGAAUUUAACACACAAAGUCAAUUUCGCUAUUUCAGACAAUGCUCGAAAUAUUGUCAAAGCAAUAGAGACAGAGCUAGGGUGGAAGCAUUAUGGCUAUUAUGCCCAUUCCCUUAAUUUAAUUGUGUCGGGGGCUCUGAGACCAUUAGAAGAGUUAAUUGAAAAUGGAAAAAAAAAAUACUGGCACAUUUUAAACGCAGUACAAAUGCAACGGAUAUGCUUCUUAAAUACCAAUUAA